AUGAGGCAUGAGUUUCCAUGGCUAUGGAAAGUAGAAACCAGACGGCUUCUAUGGCUAUUGGGACUCACAUUCGCUAUCGUCGUCACGUUUCAGUACAUCGAGCUACCGUAUGCCAUCUCCUCCCUCUUCUCUUCCUCCAAGAUUCCCAUUUCAAGAAACUCAACUUCACUUUUACGAGACGGUGAGCAUCAGAAUGUUAACUUGACUCCAGCUAUGGCGCCGAGCUUUUCGCUAAGCAAUUCCACUUUGACUGAUCCCGGGGGAGAUGACGAAGAAGUUGAGGUUGAUCAGAUUUACGACAGCAGCGGAAAUGCUACUUCCCCCGCCAUUUCGCCUACUGCAUUCCCGCCUUUAAACCCGUCUCCAGUAAAGGAAAACGCAACCGCACCUGCCGCUAGUGCAAAGGCUCCUACUGCUUUACCUGAUUUAAAACCGUCUGUGGUAAAGGAAAAUGCAACAGCACCUGUGGCUAGUGCAAAGGCCCCGGCUGCAUUACCUGAUUUAAGCCCACCUCCGGUAAAGGAAAACGUAACAAUGCCUACUACUAGCCAGGGACAGAGAAGGAAUCCAACUAAAACCGAGGUUGUGAGAUUUGUUCCUGAGGUAAAGGAGAAGGAGAAAACGCCUGAUUCCGGAGUGAUGUCAAUAUCCGAGAUGAGCAAGCAGUUGCGUCAAAACCGUAUUUCCCAUAAUCGUCUAGCAAAGAAACCAAAAUGGGUUACUAAACCUGAUUUGGAGCUUUUACAAGCAAAAUAUGAGAUUGAGAAUGCACCGAUCGAUGACAAAGACCCUCUCCUCUAUGCUCCUCUAUAUCGCAAUGUUUCCACCUUCAAACGGAGCUAUGAGUUAAUGGAGAAGAUGUUGAAGGUUUAUGUCUAUAAAGAAGGAGAUAGACCUAUAAUGCACAGUCCAAUACUCAGAGGGAUAUAUGCAUCCGAAGGCUGGUUUAUGAAAAUUAUGGAAUCCAACGACAACAAAUUUGUCACAAAGGACGCUGCGAAAGCUCAUCUUUUCUAUUUACCCUUCAGUUCCCGGAUGCUCGAGGUGAGACUGUAUGUUCAGGACUCUCACAGUCACCGCAAUCUCAUUAAGUAUCUAAAAGACUAUAUAGACUUCAUUUCCGUAAAAUACCCUUUUUGGAAUCGAACUUCCGGGGCUGAUCAUUUCCUCGCCGCCUGCCAUGACUGGGCUCCAUCAGAGACGCGGAAGCAUUUUGCGAAGAGUAUAAGGGCGUUGUGCAACUCGGAUGUCAAAGAAGGCUUCAUCUUUGGAAAAGACACAUCUUUACCAGAGACAUUCGUUAGAGAUCCCAAAAAACCCCUUAGUAACAUCGGUGGAAAGUCCGCGUCGCGAAGGCCAUUACUUGCUUUCUUUGCUGGGAAGCCCGAUCACGGGUAUCUUCGGCCAAUUCUCCUCUCUUACUGGGGUAACAACAAAGAUCCCGACUUGAAAAUAUUCGGGAAACUUCCGCGGACGAAAGGAAACAAGAACUACCUUCAGUUCAUGAAGACUAGCAAGUACUGCAUUUGUGCCAAAGGCUUUGAAGUCAACAGUCCAAGAGUGGUAGAGGCCAUUUUCUAUGAUUGUGUUCCUGUCAUAAUAUCGGAUAACUUUGUACCGCCCUUUUUCGAGGUUUUUAACUGGGAAUCGUUUGCGCUUUUUGUGCCGGAGAAAGAUAUCCCGAACUUGAAGAAGAUUCUGAUGUCAAUACCGGAACGCCGGUACAGGCAAAUGCAGAUGAGGGUGAAGAAAGUUCAGAAGCAUUUUCUGUGGCAUGUGAAACCAGAGAAGUAUGAUAUGUUUCACAUGAUUCUUCAUUCGGUUUGGUUUAACCGAGUUUUCCAGAUUUCUGUUUAG